AUGAUGAACAGUCGAGCCAAUUCCAGACCCUACAAUCCUCAUGUACUUAUUGGAAAUUGGCAUGAAGAUAGAGUUAUGGAAGAGGAAGUCUUAAGUGACUUUCUUCAUAGACGUAAUAAUGGUCAAUUGGCAUCACAGAAAAUGACUGAAGUUGAACGUAUGUCUCAAGCGCUUCCUUUAAGUAUAUCUGCUGGCGAUGGACUAUUACGAUUUGGUCACCAAAUUCUUCUUAUUAACACAUGGACACAUGCUGCAAAAUUUACUGGUGAAAAAUCAGAAUUAAGUUCUUGUUUAGCUACUGGUAUUGCUCAUACGGAGUCGACCAAUGGCGGAACUCGUGAAGUAACAGCUACUGGAACAACAAUGGGACGCCCUAUGCUUCGUACAGUUUUCGUUAUUCGACGAUCUAAUCUAUCAGUCGAUUCCGAACCUGUUAAGUACGGUGAUGAAAUAGUACUUAACGAUGUCAAUGGAGAAUUAUUUUUAACUUGUGUAAAAAGUACAACACGUGCUGGACGAACGUGCGAUGUUAUUUUUACAAAUAAUCCUGGUCGAAACAGUGUUUGGAUUGUUAUGCAUCCAACUAUACAUUUACGCAUGGAAUUAGAUGGAUCAGAAGUGAAAAUUGAUGAUAAAGUUGUUCUUGCACAUGCAUCAACUAACAAGUGUUUAUCGAUCAAUGAAGAACAUUCAAAUAGAUCAGCCUAUGGACGAGAAUACGAGCUUAUAUGUGAAUUAUCAACAGCUAGCAUCGCAUCAUAUAAGUCGCCUAUACUUUGGAAAUUUCAAACUCAAUCAGCAUAUUAA